CAUAGGAGGAAAGAUCAUACGCAUAGGAGAGAUCCAGAUGCAUGUUUGAAAACCCUUUAAAGAUUUAAGAAAAAUACAGAUUUGCAUAAUCCUAUUUCUACUUUGACAAGAAUUUUUCCACUCUCAUCAGAUAUCAAAAUUUCAUUAAAUCUUAUUUUACUAAUGAAUUAUAUAGUUGCUAAUUCAAAAAUAAAGGAGAUCUUUAAAAACUUUUCUUGUAAAAUGUCAUGUUGCAGCGUCUAUAAAGCAUACACAAAACAAAGUUUAUAUAAGCUUGUAGCUACUAGUGAAGCACUUGUGAAAGAUACAAAGUAAAAUUCUAAAAGUGGUGCAGUGGGUUUAUGUAAAAAUGUUGUUGCAUCUUUAUACAAACUUGUUGAUUCUAAAGAAUUGAACAAUGAAGUUGCAUUAGAAAACAUGUACUAAUUUUCACAGAACUGGCUUUCAAGUGUUAAUGGAAACUAUAAAACCUUAUCCGAUUUUUCAAUCUAUAAUUUUUUAAACUUCUCGUAGAAGCUGAUGCAAAUAAGGACUAAAUUUACUUCCUAUAGGUCUUAAGUUUCAAGAAGAUGUAAACACAAUUUAUUACUAAAGUAAUAAAGCACCAUCCUUUAAACUAUAAACACUUUGUGAAGGUUUAGAAAUGUUUUUCAGGAUAGUGUGUUAUCAUGAAGUUAUGGUGUUUUUGUCUUAUCACGUCUCUUUUUAAUUUCAAAGGAAUUGAAUUACAAGUGUUUCAAGGUGAUUUUGAGUAUGCUCCACGAGACAGUUUUUUUUAUGAGAUUGAAGGUUUUAGAACAGCAUGGGCUAAUUGUCGACCACCAAAGUCGCAACCUCCAGUUAUUCCUAUUUGGAUUAAUGGAUCCAGUAAUUCAAAUGUUAAUGAAUCAGAUCCUCGCAUAAAAAUUACCGUUGUUGCAAGUACUGGUAUCUUUUCACAAAUGAUUAUCAAUCCUGCAACUAAAUGGGAUUCAGGUAAAUGGGGAUGCAGAGCAAUAAAUAGCACAACUAAUUUGACACAUUGGUUUAAUAUUACUUUAUAUGGUCCUCCCAAAGCUCCUCAAAAUAUUCAUGUUAAACAAUACCGAAAACAUGGUUUUAUCUUAACAUGGGAUUAUUUAAGGAAUGAUCUUGCUUUUUAUGACAUUAAAGUUAAGCGUCUUUCAAAUGGUUCUACAGCAGACAUUAUUUUUAAAGAACACCAUCUUCCUCUUUGGUUUCAAUACACAGAGUAUGAGUUCAAAGGAUUAAUUCCGGAUGAAGAAUAUGAGAUUAUUAUGAGAGCUACAGAUGUAAUGAAUCAAACAGGAACUUGGAGCAGUCCCUUUAAAACAAUGGUAUUGUUACAGUUUAUGCCAUAUUUUUUAAAAGACAUUCCACAACUUAUAGAUGUUGCUGAAGGAGCAAAUUUAACUCUUAAUUGUGAUGUUGAGUCUGAGCCACAAGCAACAUUUCAAUGGUUUAAAAAUAAUGCUGUUGUUCCUUUUUCAAAUGAUAAAGAGUUAUUUUUAUCAAAUCUUUUAAGAAGUGAUUCUGGGGUGAAAUAUAAGUGCAAGGCAAUGAAUAUCAUUGGAAACAUGACUGGAGUUGAAGCUACCAUACAUGUUGAAUGGAUUGACAAAGAGUUUGUUCAACCACCACAAAGUAAUUUCUUUUAUCGAAAUGCAAAUUUUUUGCGUAUUUCAUUUAUUAUACCAAAAGGUGAAAAAAUACCUUCUAUCACUUUUUUCAUCAACAAUAAACUCAUGGACUCAACCUCAUACCCUAGAAAUUCAAUAACAUUAUAUAAAGACCCCUCUGGAAUUAUAUAUAAUGCUCUUGAUAUUUUGAACCCAGAUGAUUCUUCAGAAGGAAGCUAUAUUGUAAUUGCCUCAAACUUGGCUGGUAAUGUCACAUCAAACUUUUCAUUGGUAAUUGCAGGUCCGCCUUUACCUAUUACUUACUUUAAAGUAUUGAGUCAGGUGUUUGAAGGGUUGACCUUUGAAUGGAAUCUUUCUUUAUCUGAUCCAAAAAUGUUCAACUUAGGUGAAAAUUUUCAUUAUAGAAGGGACAUUCUCUCAUUUGAAAUUGAGUAUAAAGAGACUUCAGCUUCUUUAGUUCAACAAAAGAAAUUAUUAGGUGAUUUUAAUGGUGUUGAAUACUUAAAACGAACAGGAACUGUAACAGGAUUAGUACCAAGUGCAACAUACAAUUUUAGAAUUAGAUGCACCGAUUAUGGUAAUCAAACAAGCGACUGGUCAGAGAGUUUAAAUUAUACCAUUUCUAAUCAAGUUAUUAUUGGUGAUAAUCAGGAAAUCAAAUCAACACAUUCAAAGAGGUACCAAACAAAUAUAUUAACCACAAAAGACAAUAUCCAGACCAUUCCAGCAAAUUUAGACAGUAAAAACCUGACACUUUUGGCAACAGUAUCAAAUGAAAAUAAAACGGUCCUAACCGCUUCAAAAUUUGAAAAUAAUAAAGUUAUCACUACAAUAACCAAUGUAAAUCAAACCAUUCCAGCAACAAUAUCAACUACAAACAUUGCUACUCAUACCAAUAUGAAUUUUGAAAACCAAACACUUUUGGCAUCAGUAUCAAGAGAAAAUGAAACUGUUCCAGCUACUAAUAACAUUAAAAACCUGACAGUUAUCACAACAUUAAACAAUGUAAAUCAAACCAUUCCUGCAACAAUAACAACUACAAACAUUACUACUCAUACCAAUAUGAAUUUUGAAAACCAAACACUUUUGGCAUCAGUAUCAAGUGAAAAUGAAACUGUUCCAGCUACUAAUAACAUUAAAAACCUGACAGUUAUCACAACAUUAAACAAAGUAAAUCAAACCAUUCCUGCAACAAUAACAACUACAAACAUUACUACUCAUACCAAUAUGAAUUUUGAAAACCAAACACUUUUAGCAUCAGUGUCAAGUGAAAGUGAAACUGUUCCAGCUACUAAUAACAUUAAAAACCUGACAGUUAUCACAACAUUAAACAAUGUAAAUCAAACCAUUCCUGCAACAAUAACUACUACAAACAUUACUACUCAUACCAAUAUGAAUUUUGAAAACCAAACACUUUUGGCAUCAGUGUCAAGGAAAAAUGAAACUGUUCCAGCUACUAAUAAUGUUAAAAACCUGACAGUUAUCACAACAUUAAACAAAGUAAAUCAAACCAUUCCUGCAACAAUAUCAACUACAAACAUUACUACUCAUUUAAAUAUUGAAAACCAAACGCUUUUUGCAACAGUGUCAAUUGAAAAUGAAAGUUUUCCAGCUACCAAUAGCAUUAAAAACCAGACAGUUAUCACAACAUUAAACAAUGUAGACCAGACCAUUUCACCAACAAUAUUAACUAAAAACACAGCUAUUCUACCCAUUCUAAAUGGUAAAAAUCAGACACUUUUGGCAGCAGUAUCAUAUACAAAUGAAACUGUUAGAGCUACUAAUAAUGUUAAAAACCAGACAGUUUUCACAACAUUAACUAAUGUAAAUCAAACCAUUCCAGCAACAAUAUCAGCUACAAACGUUGCUAUUCAUACUAAUUUAAAUAUUGAAAACCAAACGCUUUUGGCAACAGCAUCAAGUGAUAAUGAAACUUUUCCAGCUACCAAUAGCAUUAAAAACCAGACAGUUAUCACAACAUUAAACAAUGUAAACCAGAGUAUUCCAGCAACAAUAUCAACUACAAACAUUUCUUUUCUUACCACCUUAAAUAGUGAAAACCAAACACUUUUGGUAACAGUGUCUAGUGAAAAUGAAACUGUUCCAGCUACUAAUAACGUUAAAAACCUGACAUUUAUUACAGCAUUAAACAAUGUAAACCAGUCCAUUCCAGCAACAAUAUCAUCUACAAUUAAAGCUAUUCUUACCACUUUAAAUGGUGAAAACCAAACACUUUUGGCGUCAAUGUCAAGUGAAAAUAAAACUAUUUUUGCCACUACAAAUAUCGGAAGUCAGACAUUUACAACAUUAGGCAAUACAAACCAGAGCAUUUCAACAACGGUGUUAACUGAACACAUAUCUAUUCAAGCUACCGUAAGUAAUCAUUACCCGACACUUUUAGCAACAUUAACAAAUGAAAAAAAAAUUAAUCUAGCCAAUACUACAGUUGAAAAACAGACAAUAACAACGGCUUUAGGUCAGCUGAAUCAGACCACUCCAGCGACAGUAUCAUCUACAAAUAAAACUAUUAUAACUUCCACAGAUGGUGAAAAACAUACAAGUUCUUCAAACAGUAAAAACCUCAAAAUUCUAUCAACUGUAACAAUUAAUAAGAAAUGGGUUCUCUCGUCAGCGAAGGCAAAAUAUGACUUUAUUAGUCAAGAUUAUUUUGGUCCUGAAAAAGUUAUACAUGGCAACAUAUCAGCAGGUGUUAUCGUCGGAAUUGUUGUGGCAGUUAGUAUUGCUCUUUUUUUGAUCACCGUUGGAAUUGUAAUAUUUGUGCGACCUAAAAAACUUUUUUAAGGCUAACAUAAAACUAUAUUUUUUACUAAGGUUUUAUGCAAUAUUUGCUUUAUAAACUUUAGAGCAUAAAUACAAAAUGAAUGUUUUGUUAAUUUUUUGUAAAGUAAUUUUUUUUUUUAUAAAGUUUUUUUAAAUGUUUUUUUUCUAAUAUUAGAAAUUAUC